AUUUACUUCUUUGUUUGUAUUUGUUUUCUUGUUUUAGUUAUAUUCCUAAAAUAUAAAUGAAGUUUUGGAAUUUUUUAACUAUCCGAAUAUAAAAUGGUGUCCAGUGAAGAGGAAUCAGAGAUGAAAACGCACGAUGAUCUAGAAUGGGAUGUUGAUAUGGAAAUACAGCUAUUUUACGCAAUGGCAAAUCAUAAGCCGGUUGGUAUAAAGAAACAUUUUAAUAUGGUCGGUAUUUGGGAAAAGUUAACAAAUUCUAUAACUAAAGAAAUAUCAACACAAGAUAUUUGGAAACAUUUAGACACACUUUACGACAUGGCUAUGCUCGAGGAUACCGAACCUAUACCAUUUCCGAAUAACGAAGUCGUUUUUAAUUUACCCGAACAAGAAUUUGGUCCGUUGAUCAAACAAAAAUGCAAAGAAACUUUACUUGCUGAUGAUAGUGAUGGAGAUGGCAGAAGCCCAUCUCCUAAAACGGCAACAUCUAGAAGUAAUUCUAGAGGCACUGCAAAAGAUGGGACAACAAAAGGUCGGAAGGAUAGUAUAAGUGCACUGGCUACUAAGACAAGGAAAGAGAGUGGCAGUUCAUAUGCAUCAACUGACACUCCCAGCAUCAAAUCCGAGAAAGACUAUGAUAGGAGACGGGACUCAAGAGACUCAAAUGCAUCUGGCCCUCGUGAAAGUACAACUAGUCGAAAAUCUGUAUCACAAAGAGAGAAGACCACAAAGCCCAAAGUUACUUCUGUAGCAGCUUGGGAUUCCCCUCUUAUAGAUGAAGACAGCAGCACCCGACGUGGUCGACGACGAGCCAACACCUCCACCCCGCCUGCAACAGUUCCCGCCAAAAGAAGGAGAACUUGACAUGCACACACUCAUUCAUAUAUACAUUUCUUCUGACAAACGGAUCAACGCCCAUGGUUGGACCAUAGAGUCCUCAGGAAAGGGCGGGAAAGAAGAAAUCGUACUAUGAAUGCUUUUUUCUCGUAAACUACAUAUGACAUUAAUAUUA